AUGGGGCUGUUGGGGCAGUGGCCUGGCGAGGGCAGCCUCCUGCCGCUUGCUGGCCUGCUGGCCUGGACGCUGGCCCUGCUCGUGGCCUGCGACCGCUACUACGCCCCGCGCCCGCACGUUGCCCGGGGGCAGCGCCUCGCGGAGGAGAGCCGCGCGGCGGAGCUGGAGCGGCUGGCGGCACAGAGCAGCCAGCUGGUGCGGGAGCUGCGGGAGCUGCAGGAGCUCCUGCCGCAGAGGGCGCGCGAGGGCGCCGCGCCGACGGCGGCGCAGGGGCAGGCGGGAGCGGUCGCGCCCUGGACGGCUUCCGGCGAGGCGGUGCCCCACGAGGCGUCGGCGGCGCAGGGCAUGCUGCGGGAGCCCCUGCUGUCGAAUCCGCGCCGGCUCGCCGCACUGUACAACCUGGUGACGACGAACACGGCGUCCAGCGGUUGCUACUCCUUCUCGGCGAGCACCGACGCGGACGUAAGUUCAGCGACGUGCAAGGACAGCAACCGUUGCCCAAUCUGCUUCUUGGCCACGGGGCUGUCGGCUGCAGCCACCCUGAGGAUAGGAAAAUGCUCGACCGCCUACAUUGGCUCCAGCACUCAGCUGUCGAACGCGGUACUUGAGUACACGAUCAUCAACGCGGACACGACUUACUCCUUGACCGUGGAGGCCCACGCCACCGCGGAUUUCUCUGCGUCGGCGGUGUCGACAAAGACACUGUCCCAGUCCGAGAGCACCAGGGCUCUGUGCUACUCUGGUGGAUCAGGCACGGUGGCGUAUCUGUACUUCCAGCAGGCGUGA